CAUCCUCCGUGUAACAGUUCCUCCCCCGUGUUAAUUGUCCCUUGUCAUCAAGAGCCUUUAUAAAAAAUAGAGCCAUCAUGGCUCUUGUUCAGUAACGUUUGUCUUUUAUAUCUAAUAUUUUCAUAAACAGAUAAAUUGUUGGGUCAACAUCUUCGCUAAACAUUUAUAAAGAUCAUCAAACAUCGAAUCUUAAAUGAUAAAGUUAUUCAUUUCCGGUUUUAGAUACUUGUUCGUCGAAGCUCUCUAGCUUUGAAUAUUCAGCAAACAAUCGGCAAAUUCAAAACCUGCCCUCUUGAUCUGGAAGAAGAGAGAAGAAUCCAGAAAGAAAUAGAAAAGUGGAAGGACUAUAAAGACGAUGUUGACCGACUAAAAACAGGAAAUGACAGACGUGAAGAAAGACCUUGAUGACGUAAAAGAAAGUGAUACUGCAGUGAAGAGAGACCUUGAAGUCAUAAAGGAAAAUGUAACUGAUGUGAAGAAAGACAUUGAAGAUGUAAAAGAAAAUGAUAAUGCAGUGAAGAGAGACAUUGAAGACAUAAAGGAAAAUGUAACUGAUGUGACGAGAGACGUUGAUGACAUAAAGGAAAAUGUAACUGCAGUGAAGAGAGACGUUGAUGAAAUCAAAAGACGGCAAGGGGCAGAGAAAAGUAGCGAAACCGAUUCAUCAGUACAAACAGAGGAGAGAAAAUAUCAAAAUCACAAGAAGGGUAAGUUAAUUCUGCACAACCAUCUUAUUAAGUAAAACAGUGCUCUUUGUCUGUCGUCUUUCUCGGAGUGUUGGAGUUAUUAACAUCCUUCUUGCUAUAAUAUCUUUGAGAUAAAGUGGCAUCAAAUCAGGUGACAACAUGGACAAGGGCGGCUUUGCCGUCCAAGUAAUUUGCCAGAUUACUUUUCUCCGGUUUCCAUACGCUCCCUUCGCAGCUCACUGAAUACACUCACGUUACUUCAGAAAGUGAGUGAUAGUGGAACAUUCGACCGAUGCGCAGGAGAGUACGGUUUCCGAUGCGACUUUGACAUGAAAAUGUGUCGAUAAGUUGUGAAUAAUUCGUGUCGUGGUAAUCUUUGUUGCCUGUCAAAGUCACAAUUUAUUAAAAAAAAAUGAAAAGUGUUGUUCAAAACUAUUCAUUGAUGGUAUGUAUAUUAACAAUUAUAUAUGUACGCGUCUAAAAUUGGGGUGAUCCCUCAGGAGAAAAGUCAACAAAUUACACCAACAUUGCAGACUCCGUUUGAUUGAGUCUUUUUAUGAUGGAAAAUAGAAAAGUGCAACAUCCUCUGCGCCUCCUUUCAUCGGCUUUUAAAGCGGUAUUCAAUUUUCAACAUUUAAUGUGCUUGGAUCAAUGAUCCCAAAAGGCCUGGAAAUAUAACUGAAAACUACCAACAUAAGAUCAUAUGUAGUGAUUGUAAGUGUUUGAUUAUUUGAGUUUGUAAUUAUUUAUAGAAGAUUGCCUAAAAUAAGGUAAAUUGAAAUGUCCGCAUUAAAUAAUAUAGAUAAUAGAUUAUAUGAUAUUCAUAAUAGCCCUUAUAACAGCUUGAUGAUGUGAAUUAUAAACGUAUGCGAGAAGUUAGCAGUUAACAGUGAGCUAAGCAAAAAGGCAUUACGAUUUAUAUAGGGAAAUCAAUGAUCUGCUGAUAUGCUCAGCUGGGUAAGCAAUCUAACAGGGCAUUUCUAAAUAUAGUGUAAAAAUGCUCUGCUGACCAGUAUGCUCAGUUGGCUAAGAAAUCAAGCGGGGCGUUCCAAAAUAUAGCGUAAAAAUGCUCUGCUGGUAUGCUCAGCUGGCUAAGCAAUCAAGCGGGGCAUUCAAAAAUAUAGUGUAAAAAUGAGCUGCUGAUAUGCUCAGCUAGCUAUGCAAUCUAGACGGGCAUUCCUAAAUAUCGUGUAAAAAAAUUUCUGCUGUUAUACUCAGCUGGCUAAGCAAUCUAGCGGAAGGUUCCAAGAUAAAGUGUAAAAAUGCUUUGCUGAAUUGCUAAGCUGGCUUAGCAAACUAGACGGGCAUUCCUAAAUAUAGUGUUAUAAAUGCUCAGCUGGCUAGGCAAUCCAGCAUAGCAUUCAAAAAUAAAGUUUAGAAAUGCUCUACUGGUAUGCUCAGCUGGCUAAGCAAUAUAGCAGUGCAUUCCUAAAUAUAGUGUAAAAAUGCUCUACUGGUAUGCUCAGUUGGCAAAGCAAUCAAGCGGGGGCAUUCCUAAAUAAAGUGUAAAAAUGCUCUGCUGGUAAGCUUAGCUGGAUAAGCAAUCUAGCGGGACAUUCCAAAAUAAAGUGUAAAAAUACUCUGCUGUUAUGCUCAGCUGGUUAAGCAAUCUAGCGGGGCAUUCCAAAAUAUAGUGUAAAAUUGCUCUGCUGUUAUGCUCAGCUGGCUAAGCAAUCAAGCGGGGCAUUCCAAAAUAAAGAGUUAAAAUGAUCUGCUGGUAUGCUCAGCUGGCUAUGCAGUCUAGCAGGGCAUUCCUAAAUAUAGUGUAAAAAUGCUCUGCUGUUAUGCUCAGCUGGCUAAGCAAUCUAGCGGGAGGUUCCAAGAUAAAGUGUAAAAAUGCUUUGCUGAAUUGCUAUGCUGGCUUAGCAAACUAGACGGGCAUUCCUAAAUAUAGUGUUAUAAAUGCUCAGCUGGCUAGGCAAUCCAGCAGAGCAUUCCAAAAUAAAGUUUAGAAAUGCUUAACUGGUAUGCUCAGCUGGGAAAGCAAUCUAGCAGAGCAUUCCUAAAUAUAGUGUAAAAACGCUUUGCUGGUAAGCACAGCUGGCAAAGCAAUCAAGCGGGACAUUCCAAAAUAAAGUGUAAAAAUGCUCUGCUGUUAUGCUCAGCUGGCUAAGCAAUCAAGCGGGGUAUUCCAAAAUAUAGUGUAAAAAUGCUGAAAUGCUAAGCUGGCUAGGCAAUCUUGCACGCCAUUCCUAAAUAAACGUAAAAAUGCUCUGCUGGUAUGCUCAGCUGGCUAAGCAAUCUAGCAGGGCAUUCCUAAAUAAAGUGUUAAAAAUUCUCAGCUGGCUAGGCAAUCCAGCAGAGCAUUCUGAAAAUAAGUGUAAAAAUGUUCUGCCGGAAUGAUUAGAUGUCUAGCAGGGCAUUCUUAAAUACAGAAUAAAUAUUUUUCCUCUUUUGCUCCUUAUGCAUCCACUUGUCAUCCUUAUGCCUCUGAAAAUUAUGGUAACUGUAUCAUACACCACACUUUUAUUGUAACUGUUAUCAUACACCACACUUUUAUGGUAACUGUUAUCAUACACCACACUUUUAUUGUAACUGUUAUCAUACACCACACUUUUAUGGUAACUGUUAUCAUACACCACACUUUUAUUGUAACUGUUAUCAUACACCACACUUUUAUGGUAACUGUUAUCAUACAGUACACUUUUAUGGUUACUGUUAUGGUAACUAUUAUCAUACAGUACACUUUUAUGGUUACUGUUAUCAUACAGUACACUUUUAUGGUUACUGUUAUAAUACACACUUUUAUGGUCACUGUUAUCAUACAGCACACUUUUAUGGUUACUGUUAUGGUAACUGUUAUCAUACAGCACACUUUUAUGGUUACUGUCAUAAUACACACUUUUAUGGUAACUGUUAUCAUACAGCACACUUUUAUGGUUACUGUUAUGGUAACUAUUAUCAUACAGCACACUUUUAUGGUUACUGUUAUAAUACAGUACACUUUAAUGGUCACUGUUAUCAUACAGCACACUUUUAUGGUAACUGUUAUCAUACAGUACACUUUAAUGGUUACUGUUAUGGUAACUGUUAUCAUACAGCACACUUUUAUGGUUACUUUUAUAAUACACACUUUUAUGGUUACUGCUAUCACACAGCACACUUUUAUGGUUACUGUUAUCACACAGCACACUAAUAUGGCAACUGUUAUCAUACAUCAUAUGUUAGUGGUUACUUCUUAACUGAGAUUUGUGUCGGAUAAUUGGAUAUAACGGUAAUAUGUAUAAGCUAAACGGUAAGUGGAAUAUAAGGGUUGUAUGUAUAUCUCCUGUCGGCAAGUUGAAUAUCACGAUAUAUAUAGCUUCUUAUGACAGUAUGCAAAGUUGAAAAAAAAACGAUAUACAUAGCUUCUGUCGUGUAUGUUAUGGUAUAUAUAGCUUCUGUCGGCAAGUUGUAUAUAACAGUUUAUAUGGCUUUUGUCGGCAAGUUGAGUAUAACGGUAUGUAUAAUUCGGUCGGCAAGUUGAA